AUGGCCUCCGAAUCGUAUCCACCUUCAAGCGACCACUUCUUCUCCUCAAGGCUCCUUCCUACCUCGGUGGAAUGCGAGCACAUCUUCGCCUUACUCCGGAACCGCUCCACACUGUCUUCAGGGCUAAACGAGAUCAGAAGCUUUCCCGCGAAGGCUACUCCGGACUUGCUGAAGUACGAGGCGACAAUCGCGGAGGUGCAGUCGAUCCUAACGCGGUUGCGCAACGAACAACGUCAACUCCAGCGCUAUGCCCAGGCCUGCGCCAGCAUCUUUUCCCCCAUCCGUCAGCUUCCGCCUGAACUGCUGUUGCCCAUCCUCAAAGACUGCGUCAGCGAUAUUCCAGUAAAUGCACAACCCCACCUUGACAUCGACACGGACCGGGGCGCUGCAGCACGCUUUGCUGGACCGCCACUUGCCAUGGACUCGGAGGACAGGCUGAUGUUAUUCCGGGCUGCAAAACAGGGCUGGGUGCUCCUCUCCACCGUCUGCUUGUAUUGGCAGAGGCUCAUCUUCGGGGCCCCCCACAUCUGGGCGAAUAUCGAGAUCAUGGGACUGAAACCUCAAUAUGAUUUGCUUGUGGCGGAGUUUGUGCGCCUCACUGUGGCUCGUGCUGGAGACGAGCUGUCGCUCGAUGUUGUGGCGAAGCUCCAUUUCCCUGCAUGGCCGCCACAGCGCCACACGCUACAAGAAAUCACAGCGACUUUCGGGGCCCUUGAAGAAGCACGGGGCCGGCUUCAUCGCUUGGAAAGCGUCGAAAUAAAGUUCAGUGCCUACGACAACCAUUUUAUUUCGCAAUGGGAUGUCCUUCGGAGUGCCCCGGUCCUGAACAGGGUGAUCUUCGAUAUCGGCAGCAACUUAGGGCCGCCGCAGCUUCCGUGGCAGCAGCUCCGUGAUAUUAGGGUCACUUUUACGGACUCGACUGCAAGUUCCAAUGCGCUCUCCUUCUUGGAACAAUGCCCCGCAUCGUGUACCAUCACAAUGUAUGGUGCAAUAAAGACAUUUCAUGGGUGGCCGGACAGCGGCGGUGCUCUCCACUCUGAUAUCUCAAGGCUCGUGGUAGUAAACGAUAACCCCGCUCGCCUUCAUCUGUAUUCCCAUUCCAAGACCACUCUCCUAGGAAAGCUCUUCGGCCGGCUUGUGCUGCCAAAUCUGCGCACACUGAAAUUUGCAAUUGCCGACGCGGGGCUGCCUGCAGCACCGUGGGACGCUAAGGGCUUUCGAAAGCUCGCCAGCCACGCCGAAAACCUCACGACACUUCAACUGUGCAACAUCGCCAUUCCGCCCGUCGCACUGCUGGCCGCCUUGCAUGCUGUGCCACGCCUCGGUGAACUCUGGGUGGAGGACGUCGAGCUCUGCGGCGGAAAGAAUCCCGUGGUGCUCAACGACACUGUGUUUGCGACGUUGCGCGACGACAUGGCAUUGGUGCCUAUGCUUCGGAAGCUUAGUGUGGUGUCGUACUUCCAGUUCAAAGCGGAGCUCCUUGCGCAGUGCCUGCUCGCACGGGCCCAGCUGGUCACCGAUGUGAGCUUGGACGGUGCAGUCCAGUUUUCCUUUGAGGCUUGUGUGCUUGUUGAGACGUGCGAUGAGGAUGCGUAUAUUGCCCGUGCCAUUGAGCUGAUUGAACUUGUGGAGGAUGUGUUAUUUGCUGAGAUCAGUCCAGAGGAUGAGAGAUUAGAGAUUGGGUUGUACUACGAUGUUGCCAAGUGGCGUGAUGUGUGCAUAGUCACUUGA